AUGUCAGUUAAGCCUAGUCUAAAUCACUUAUUUGAUAUUUUUCUACGUGCUUUAUGCCUCAGUUUUAAUGUAGCUUAUUUAUUUUCAGGGGAUCGCCUGCUAGACAUACCUUGUAAAGUGUGCGGCGAUCGAAGUUCCGGCAAACAUUACGGCAUCUACAGUUGUGAUGGUUGUUCCGGCUUCUUCAAACGCAGCAUUCAUCGGAAUCGCAUUUACACCUGCAAAGCAACUGGCGACCUAAAAGGUCGCUGCCCCGUUGACAAAACGCAUCGCAAUCAAUGUCGUGCUUGUCGGCUGGCUAAAUGCUUUCAAUCGGCCAUGAAUAAAGAUGCCGUUCAGCAUGAGCGUGGCCCCCGCAAGCCAAAGCUACAUCCACAGCUGCACCACCAUCAUCCCCACCAUCCGCAUCAUCAUCAUCACCAUCAUCACAAUGGUUUGGCGGCGCAUCAUGCUCAUCACCAUCCCGGCCACCAUUUGCCCGUCUCGCUGGUGACCAAUGUGUCAGCCUCCUUCAAUUACACAUCGCACAUUUCCACCCACCCUGUGCAGGGUUUCCAACCACCAGCACACCCAACCGCCUUCCAUCAUCCCGGACAUGCGCUGGUGCAACAUAAUGCUUUGCAAAAUGGCGUACCGCCACAUCCACCAUUGCACUUUCCGCCACAUCUGCUGCCGCACAUGCAUCACAAUCUCAUCGCAGAGGCCACGAGCAAGUUGCCAAGCAUGUCGUCAACAGCGACAGCUUCUACCGCUGCCACCAUUGUAGGUGCGGUAAGCGCUGCAGCGACUGUCGCUCCUCAUCCACCGCCACCCAAGCAUAUGCCAUUGUCGCUUACGACAGCGGGCAACGGCAGCAAUGUUUUGCCCACUUAUGACCUGACAAACAGCGGCGGCUCCUCGGGUGCACCCAGCGGCGGUGCUGCUAGCACCACAAGCCUAGAAUUCUACGCCAAGUCAACGAUGACCACACACAAUUACUCCUCACCCUCACCCACGCCAUCCAUACAAUCCAUUUCGAGUAUUGGCGGCCGUAGUUCGUUGGGCAGCGAGAGUCCGCGCGUAAAUGUGGAGACAGAAACACCUUCGGCCACACCGCCUGUCUCGGCGAGCGCUUCACCGGUGCCCUCACUGACGGACACCAACGCCACCGGCGGCCCAGCUUCACCGAUUAUCAACAUUAAUGGCAAUAGCAACAAUAACAAUAGUGACGCGUUGGACAACAACAACGACAACAGCAUAAACAAUCAUAAUUGCAAGCAGAGCAGUGGUGGCAGCAGCUUGGGUGCCAGCAGUGGUACACCAUCGCGUUCGACACCACUGUCCAGCCACUCGCCACCGGCUAACCAGAGUGGCAGCGCCGGUGUUUCAACAAAUUCAAGCUCGUCAGCUGCGGCUGCCGCUAGCCAGGCGGCAGCGCUUUAUGCUGCCCGCCAAAAUGGUUUUCUCGAAUUGUUGCUCAGUCCGGACAAGUGCCAGGAGAUCAUACAGUAUCAGGUGCACAAUUCGAUACUCUUCCCGGCGCUGCCACAGCAAUUAAUCGGCGUCGAUUCGCGGCUACUAUCGUGGGAAAUGCUGCAAGAGACAACUGCACGUUUGCUUUUCAUGGCUGUGCGGUGGGUUAAGUGUUUGAUGCCCUUCCAGACGCUCACCAAGAACGACCAACAUUUGCUGCUGCAGGAAUCCUGGAAGGAGUUAUUCCUCCUCAAUCUCGCCCAAUGGACAAUUCCACUCGAUCUCACGCCCAUCCUCGAAUCACCACUCAUCAAAGAGCGCGUGCUCCAAGACGAAGCCACCCAGAUAGAGAUGAAAACCAUACAGGAGAUACUCUGCCGUUUCCGCCAAAUCGCGCCCGACGGCAGUGAGGUCGGCUGCAUGAAAGCCAUCGCGCUCUUCGCACCCGAAACGGCUGGCCUCUGCGAUGUGCAACCGGUAGAGAUGUUGCAAGAUCAAGCGCAAUGCAUACUCUCCGAUCAUGUGCGGCUACGCUACCCACGACAAGCGACGCGCUUCGGACGUCUACUGCUGCUGCUGCCCUCACUACGUACCAUACGUGCAGCUACCAUUGAGGCGCUCUUCUUCAAGGAGACCAUUGGCAAUGUGCCCAUAGCGCGACUCUUGCGGGAUAUGUAUUCAAUGGAGCCGGCGCAGGUGGACAAGUGAAGUGCAAUGCGACGCAUUGGAAAUUAAAGUGAAAAUAAAAUGCGAAAAAUUAUUAUUGUUUGAGUGUAUAAGGCAUACAUGCAUAUGUGUGCAGAGAGGGAAAAAACUAAAAUUGCAAGCAUUUAGUUGUAAUAUGAAAAUAUAUACAUGCAUAAGCAAGGGCCUAAGCAUGAAGCAGCCAAGCGAAAGUGGACGUUGAGGUUGGUGAAGUGAACGUAGAGGAGGGUGGCGGCUCGUGCGACAGCUAAUGCCAGUGCUGCUGCUCCUACCGGUAUUUAAUGCAGUCAGCAUUGACGUGCGUGUGUGUGCAUGCGAGUUGGCGCGCAGCUGACGGAAUUCACAGCGCCUCCGCUUACGUGCCACCGCUGCGCUGCUGAUUCUUCUUCUUCGUACAAAGGUGACAGUAUUAUGGCAUGAACGGCCAUCAUCGUUUGCCGUUGUCAAUGGUGUUCUUUUCUAAUAUCGCAGCGUCGCAUUGCCAAGCAUUCUGCAAUUGAGUUAAUACAUACAUUUGCGCUCAUAUGUGUGUGUGUGUGUAAAGGCAUAACGGCAAAAUAAAAAUUCCAGUUAGAAAUAAAUACUUGUGUGUGUGUGUGUGUGUGUGUGUAUUUGUGUUGGCGCGCGGGUGCUAGCAAAUGAUUUAUUCCGCUGGCAAUUUCUUUAUUUAUUUUCCAUUCGACAUUUUGCCCGCGAACCUCGUCAUUCCCGUCCUGCUUUCUGUUACUCUCAUUCAGUGCUAAAUCUUAUAUUAUUUUUUUGCAAUUUUUUUUUUUCUAUUUUUGAUAUCAUCAUAUCACAUCUCACCUGUGCCACCCACCAAAGCUUUCAGCUACAAUAUUACCCAGCACUGAUGCUGAUUGCUUGCUUCUAAUUUUGUUUUUUUUUUUUUUGUUCAUUCCUGCCAAUAUCCGUCGGCUAUUUGUGCUCAAUCUCGCUUUGGAAAAAUGUAUGGACUCUACAUUUGAUAUUUUAAAUUUAUGAUUUUUCCCAUCUUCCUCACUUGCCGCCACCUGCCGCAGCACUGCGCCAACUUGCGCUGAGCCGUUAUGCGCAUCGCAUUUCAUUGCGAGUUUAGAAGUAAUGAAAAAAUAACUUUGCCGCCGGCGUUUCUAAAUUCAAUUCAAUUGGACACUCCAACGGCAGCGCAAAUGUAAAAACAGUUAGUCAGAAAAAAUAUGGAUGAAAAAAUAAAAAUACAAAUUGCAGUUGAAAUAAAUUGUGUAAAAUUUUGCUACACCUCACACAGCUGCGCGCAAUUGUAAUAGCUUGUCGAUUUAUAUGAAGCUGAUUUCGUUUUUUUUUUUUUAAUGUAAC